UAUAAAUUUUACAUAAACGUUCUUAUCUACGUUCUAUAUGUUACUUGCUGUUUAUUAUUAUAUAGUAAAUUUAAAAUUCUACAAAUUGACAAUUUAAUUCCACAUGAAUUUCUAUUUUACAAAUCUACUUUAAUAUCUUUCAUUAAUAAAAAUGUAAAAAUUUAUUUUUUUUCCACACCUAGUUGAAAAUGAAAAAAAAAAUCAACGAAACAAGAAUUUAAAAAUGAAUUAGAUUGGAAAAUUUAUAUAUAUAUAUUUAAAUCCUUUGAAACAUGUCGGAGGAAGAAAUUUUACCCGACACUCUUCCUAUUGAAGAAAUAAAAGUAGAAUGCGACGAUUAUGAUACAGAUAAUUAUAUCAGUGAUGAUUUCUAUAAUGAAACACAAGUCAAACCUGUGAAUUGGAAUCACGAAACAUUUACCUUCGUUGAAAAUGAAUUAUACAAAUUUUUAAAUUCCUCAUUAGAAGGAAAAGUUUUAUUAGGAAUAUACAAGAACACAGGGGUUCUUGAUUAUACAAGAUUAAAAAAAUUAAUAAUUUAUAAAGAAAUAGCAGAGGAUCCAAUUAAUUAUAAAAUAAAAACUAAAGUCUUUGUAAAAUUAAGAGACUUGGCAUUAGAAUUAUUUCCUUCUGAGAAUCCUGAUCGUUUUUAUGUUUCCAGUUUUGAAAAUAAAUUUAAAAAAUUUAGAUGCGCUGGAGGAUGCUUUUAUAAUUUUUACAAAGUGGUAAGAAAGGAACUUCGAGAAGCAGGAAUGUUUAAAUCUAAUUAACCCUUUAAAUAGACUGUACAUAAAUAAAAAUGAAAUUCGAUUAUAUUUAAAAAUAAAUAAUAUUAAAACACUCUUAUUUUAGAAGCUAAA